AACGACCACUCGCCGGUCUUCCCGGACGAACUAGUGACCUUUAAGAUCGCGGAACUGACUGAAGCUGGCUCCCGUUUCCCUGUGGAGGCUGCUCGGGACCUGGACAUUGGCAGCAAUGACAUCCAGGCUUACAGCAUCGUUCCUGAGAACGAGUACUUCAGUGUCUUCCUGCAGAGCGAGAGUGCCAAGUUUAUAGAACUGAUUUUGGAAAAGCCUCUGGACAGAGAGAAGCAGCCAGAAAUGGAUUUCACUCUCGUUGCCACGGAUGGUGGCUCUCCACCCAGAAGUGGUUCCACUGAAAUCCACAUCAUAGUUCUGGAUGUAAAUGACAAUGCUCCAGUCUUCACUGAGAAGGAGUAUAUUGGUCACGUUUUGGAAAAUGCCCCUGUAGGCUCUGUGGUUCUCCGAGUGGUGGCUAAUGAUGCAGAUGUGGGACUGAAUGGUGACAUUUCCUAUCAGUUCAGCCAAUCAGCUGGACGUAGUCAUUCACUAUUCACAAUUAAUUCCAGAACAGGUGAAAUUGAAAUUGCAGAGCCUUUAGAUUUUGAGACCACACAAAAACAUGAGUUCACCGUCCAGGCAAUUGACGGUGGGGGCCUCUCAGCCAUGUGCAAUGUGAUAGUGGAGGUGGUGGAUGUGAACGACAAUGCACCGGAGAUCGUGGUCAGUUCCUUCAGCAGCCCAAUCCCUGAGAAUGCAGCACCUGGGACAGUGGUCGCACUCUUUUCUGUCACUGACAAGGAUUCCGGUGUGAAUGGGCAGGUCAGCUGUGCCCUGGAAGAGCAGCUCUCCUUCUCGCUCCGGCCAGCCUUCAAGAACUACUACGAGCUGGUGACCGUGGGCACGUGGGAUCGGGAGGAGAGAGCCCAGCAGACGGUGGUU